UUGGGUUAUUGCCUUUAGCCUGUAGGUUUUUUAAGGAUUCGUUAUUGUUUUAUACGGGAUUAUUAUUUUUGGUUUCUGGUUUUCAACGGGCGGCCUCAGCGUCCACUUGUCUUUGCUCCCAUCAAAUUUCUUUGCUGGAACACUUUCAUCCAUUUCUUGCAGCUUCGGACUUUGACCGCAUUAUUCAUAUAUUUUAUUAUGGCAAAAAGAAGAUGUGUGCUUUCAACGGAAGAUGGCUCAGACGGCUCUGUGACAACUUCAAGACGUUUAUUGUUUAGUUUACCUACUCCAUCAGCAACUGAUAUGGCUACGCCAAUUAUCUUUGGCCCUGAGUGUUCACAUGCUCUAACUACUCAGUCGAGAAGUUUGCGAGAUAAGACUUCGAAAAAAAGAAAGAGGCGUGUUCUUAUUGUUGACACUGGUGGGAGUGUUCCAAUCUCACAAGUGACAGGCUCUUCUUCUAAAAAUGGUCAACUUUUCCUUGGGCCAACAAAUGUGAUCCCUCGUUCCAUAUUGUCAAAAGGCUGCUUGCGCCGGUUGGGUUCCGAUGUGACGCAACUGCCUUUGUCUAAUGAUGUUAAUGUUUCACGGUCUAAACGUUUAUCUAAAGGUUCUUGUGGACAGAGGCGCUCAAAAGGUAAAAUAAAGAUGCAGUUGCCCAAAAUGCCAGAUGAGUUAUGGAACCUCUAUGUAAAUGAUAUGACAACUUUGGGGGUCGAGUUCCGUCGGCGUUGCAGGACAUAUAAUAAUUCUUUGGCAUUCACAUCUAUUAAGAUGACUUAUGAUGAAGCUUUGGCUAAAGCUAACAAAGGGGUUUACGCCUUCAAAGUGCAGGGUAUUGUUCGGCAUUAUAUCCAUGAACUAACACCUAAGGAUGGUGUUCCAAGGCAUCUGCAGUUAUAUUUCUAUGGCACUGAGAGAGAGUUGGAUAAUCGUGUAUCUCAAUCUGAAGGAUUAGACCGUGUUAUAGUUUCAUUGUUGGUGAACAUCUUGACGAAUAAUCCAUACCAUAAUUUCUUCACCAAUUUACAAAACAAAGAUGACCUAGAUAGUUAUGCUAUAGUGUUGCGUGCCAAUCCUAAACUUGACCAACGUGUUUAUAAUUUUCCAGUAGUUGACCAUGUUGCAGCAGUUUGGAAUGAGGGUGUGGGAACAUCUAUGGAACAACCUCGUGAUAUUAGGGUCAACCUAAGAUCAGGUGGUGUUCGCUAUGUGCACUAUUACUAUGGAUGCUAUGAUCCGCUUCAGUAUUAUCUAAUCUUUCCGUAUGGCGAGCCGGGUUGGUAUGCUGGAAUACCCAAAACUAUAGACAACAUUGAUUUGAAUUUGGACCCAACUGAACAAGAUACUGAAGAUCAUGAAAAUAAUACUGUUGAUCCGCAUAUGCACGAAGAAGCUGACACCCUACUUGUUGCUGAGCAAAAUAGUACGUUUUAAUUGUUUUGCUAUAUGUUCAUUUGUUAGGUCUUCUGCAAUGUGGUUUAUGUUUCUCCACUACUAUAUUUUUCAUAUUACUUUUUGCAUUCUAUGAUGUGUUGCAUUGAUUUCAUUAUUAACUUAGUAUUAUGUCUUUGUGCUUAUAUUAAUAUACUAGAAAUUUUUGUUGCUUA